AUGUCUGACGAGCAAAUUUACAUUGCUGUGGCAGGAACGGACGAUAAAAAAGCCGAGGUCUAUCAGUUCCCAGACGAGAAGCUGGUUUGUGUAGUGCCAAGGAUCGACAUUUCAGAAACAGGCAUGAUCAUGGCUGUCAAACUUGUACACCACCAACCUUCUAACAAUGUCCUGGUGAUCACGGGAUACGAAGCCGGCUUCACAGCCGUACAUCUAUUGCCUCGUAAUUCGACAGGAACACGAAAACCAACCCUGGGCUUGGCUCAAAAUAUCUACCUCAGCCAGCCGCACACGCAGCCCAUAUUGUCCGUCGAUGCACUACCUGAUGGCUCGACUUACUUCACAUCGUCUGCAGAUGCCACCAUCGCUGCGCACCGCAUCCCAGAAUUACCUUAUACUGCUGAUGUUGACUGUGAACCACCAGAAAAUUUAGUCACAAAUGAAUGCAAUUUGGACGACGACGAACGACACAACGCUCCUUUAGCGACUGAUGAGUCGACUGCACAUGGAAAAGCAGCGUUGUUUACCAACGCAUCCCCAGAAGCCGCGACCACGUCUCCGGACUCAUCAUCACCCGCACGAAAUAGUGACACAGAAUCAAUCGAACCACUCUCGUUCCCAAAACUACGCCCGCGCACUGGCAUAGAACCACCACCAGACACUGCGAAACCGCCAGCACGCCCAUCAGGCCUCUCCUCUCUCCUCGCUUCGGCACCCCCACAGCCGGCGCUCACACCCACUGCCAGACCACCACCUGUGACCGUCCAACCUGCGCACAAGAUCAUUAACACCAAGCACGCAGGACAACAGUCCCUCCGCGUCCGCUCCGAUGGCCGACUCCUCGUAACAGGCGGAUGGGACAGCAAGGUGCGCGUCUACAGUAGCAAGACGCUGAAGGAGGUUGCAGUGUUGAAGUGGCAUAAGGAAGGUGUCUACGCGGUUAGUUUUGGAGAGGUGUUAGGAAAAGAGGCUCUUGAGCAGCACGCCGCGGAGCAGAAAGCUGUAGAGAAAGGAACGGAAGUAGCAAAGAGAGAGACGGGACUCGCAAAACUACAGCGACAGAGGGAGGAAGCUCUUCAGCUCAAGCAUUGGGUCGCUGCCGGGGCGAAGGACGGAAAGGUUAGCUUGUGGGAGGUGUUCUGA